GGGUUCCUCGUCGGCCUCGUCUUCUUCGCCGCGUCCACCGCGCUGCUGUGGUGGAACGAGGGAGAGGCCGUGGCGGUGUACACCUCGCUGAAGGAGGCGCGCGACGCCGUCGUCGCCCUUCCCGAGCGCGCGCGCGCGAGCUCCGCGAACAAGGGAUCGCUGGUGCACGUCGUGGGUGCCACGUCCGGGGACACCCUCGCCGAUCCAGACUUUGGAGUCGUGUACCCCGACGCCGUCAAGCUCACGCGCAAAUCGGAGACGUACCAGUGGGUGGAACGGACGCACAAGCGGCGCGUACGAGAGGACGAACACCGAACCCGCGUGGAGACCUCCUACACCUACGACACGCGGUGGAGGGAAGGCACCGUUCGAUCGAGCAAUUUUCGGUACCCGCACGGGCACGCCAACCCGGGACCCAGUCCUUUCGACUCGAGGACGUACGUCGCGAGGGAGGUGGGGGUCGGGGACGGGUUCACGCUAACGCCGACGCUGGUGGACGAGCUGACAAGGGCGCACAACAUGCCCGUCGCCAUUCGCUCGCCGCUCCCGGAUGGAUGGACGAUCCGAGGCGGCGUGGUCUACUCUGGAUCCGAUUCGGCCGCCACGACGUCGCCGCUCGUCGGGGACAGGCGCGUCGCGUUCUCCGCGGUCCCGGGGAAGCAGACGGUGUCCGUGCUGGCGAAGCAGGGUAAGAACGGGAGCCUGCGGCCGUGGACGUCGCCGAGCGGUCGCCGCGUCGUCAUCGUGAGCCACGGCCGGCAUUCGCCGAACGAGAUGAUCGCGAGCGCGGAACGGGAGAACGCGUGGAAGACGUGGGGCCUACGGGCGCUGGGGUUCAUCGUCAUGAUCAUCGGGUCGGCGUUGAUCGUGUCGCCGGUGCGGGAGAUCGUGUCGUACCUGCGGUGGAUACCGCUCGUGGGUGGAAUCGCCGCGGGCGUCGUCAACCUGGGCGUGUCAUUGGCUGCCGCCACCGCGAGCGUAUCCAUCGCGUGCGGCGUCAUCGGGACGAGCUGGCUGGCGCACAGGCCCGCGCUGGCG